UUCGCCUGCAGAAAGCGCGGGAGCCCCUCAAUAACGCACGCGUACGCACCCACACGGACCUCUCUUACCUCCCGUUUCACAAAUCUCGUGGCCGUCCGUCCGCCUGCCCGUCCGCAGCAAUGGCCAAUGGCAUGUCAGCGCCGCGGCGGACGCUGUCGAUGGGGAGCGGCGGUGCCAUGGGGCGCCGUGCUGCCGCCGCCAGCGAUAGCCCCAAGCCCGGGCUGUCCCGUUCCGUGACCAUGGGCGGCGAGCGCACGGUGAAGCGGCUGCACCUGUCCCGGGCGCUGACGGUGCCCGAGGGCACCACCGUGCUGGAGGCGUGCCGGAGGAUGGCAGCGCGCAGAGCCGACGCCGCGCUCCUCACCGACUCCAACGCGCUGCUCUGCGGCAUCCUCACAGACAAGGACAUUGCAACGAGGGUGAUCGCGCGCGAGCUCAAGAUCGACGAGACGCCGGUGUGGAAGGUGAUGACGAGGCACCCGGUCUUCAUCCUCUCCGACACGCUCGCCGUCGAGGCGCUGCAGAAGAUGGUCCAAGGAAAGUUCAGGCACCUGCCGGUGGUGGAUAACGGCGAGGUGGUCGCCAUGCUUGACAUCGCCAAGUGCCUCUACGAUGCCGUCGCCAGGAUGGAGAGGGCGUCCGAGAAGGGGAAGGUGGCGAUCGCCAACGUGGUUGAUGGUGAUGACAAGUAUUCGAUUGUGGAGGCUUUCAAGGAGCAAAUGUUCAGGCCGUGCUUGUCCGGAAUUGUGAAUGCAGAAUCAAUGGUCGUCAUCGUGUCGCCUGGUGAUUCGGUACUUGCAGCAACCAAGAAGAUGGUCGAUGCGAAUGCGAGCUCGGCUGUCGUGGCUGUGGGGAGCCAGGCUCAAGGCAUCCUGACUUCAAGGGAUAUCUUGAUGCGCGUGAUCGCCAAGAACCUCCCUUCGGACUCGACCCCGGUUAAUAUGGUGAUGACUCAUGACCCUGAAUGCGCCACGGUUGACAUGCCCAUACUCGACGCCCUACGGACCAUGCAAGAGCGCAAAUUCUUGCAUCUUCCUGUGAUGGAUAGAGAUGGCUCUAUCGUUUCCAUUCUCGAUGUGAUUGAUAUCACACACGCGGCUAUCUCCAUCGUUGAGAGUAGCGGCAAUGGAGUUGGGAAUGAUGAUGCAGCGAUCUGCAUGAUCCAGAGGUUCUGGGACUCCGCCAUGGCCUUGGGGCCCCUGGACGGCGAGACAGACACCCAGUCCCAAAUGAGCGAGGCAUCGAGGUCCCAAAUGAUGUCUGAAGUUCACCACGAGGCGGCCAGCGGCAGCGAGGCGUCAUUCCCAUCGUCGUUCUCAUUCAAGCUCCAGGACAGGCGAGGACGGAUGCACCGGUUUAGCUGCGAGGUGCAGAGCUUGACGCCGUUGGUCACCUGCAUCCUCCAGAGGCUCGGGGCCGACAUCGAUCCCGAUCGCCUGCCACAAAUUCUGUACGAAGACGAGGACCGGGACAAGGUGGUGCUCGCGUCGGACGACGACCUCGCGGCGGCGAUGGACCACGCGAGGAUGGCCGGAUGGAAGGGCCUGAGGCUGUUCCUGGACUACUCCGGCACCACCGGCCGUAGGAAAGGCGUGGCCUCUGGUGGUAGCACGGCGAUGGGCAUGUCUAGCCGAGACGCAUGGGCGGCGGCGUACAGCGGGGCGGCCGCUGGCGCCGCCCUCGUCACUGGGAUCGGCGUGAUGGCAUAUCUGCGAAGAUCCGGCUAGCUGGCAGCUAGUAAAUAUACACGUGAAGUUGUUCCUGUACAUCUGG